CAGGUAGCCGGGGUUUUGUUGAACCGAAUUGUUUGUUUGCCCGCAGCACAUUUGCUAAUUUGGUAUCCCUUCGGCCGAAAGCACUAAACCCAACCCCAUUUUCCAAUGCCAAUUUGGAUUCUGCAUCCGUAGUGCUCCACGGCACGACAUUUUGCACUUUUCAGAAGUAUUUUCAGCUGCAUAGUUUCGGGGUGGCCGGUGGGAGAUUCACUGCUACAUGAUGGCAAGUUAUGCGUCGAUGAAUUUUACUCUUACUCGAAAUCCUGUCGGUAUACUGUCUGCUCUUGGAGGCAGAGUCUCUAUGGAGCAUCACUUGGGUAAAGUUAGCUACAUGAAAAUGCCCGAGGACAGGAAUGGGUUUGUGGGUAUCAAUCAAAAAUCAAAUUUGGCCAAGUCUUCCAAUUCUCACAGUGUCAGCCCAUAUCAGAACAGAGAUCCAUUUAUGGAUUUACACCCUGAAAUCUCAUUGCUAAGAGGUGAGGGAAACAAUACAAUAAAUAGCCCAAGAAAGGAUAAUAUGAGUGGGGUUUCCACGGAAAGCUUGGAAGAUGCAUCCAGUAGUAAUUACAAUGAGGCAAAGAUUAAAGUUAUUGGUGUUGGAGGUGGUGGGUCCAAUGCAGUUAAUCGUAUGAUAGAAAGUUCAAUGCAUGGUGUGGAGUUUUGGAUUGUUAAUACAGAUGUUCAAGCGAUGAAACUGUCUCCUGUGUAUCCUGAGAACCGUCUACAAAUUGGUCGAGAACUUACAAGAGGUCUCGGUGCUGGUGGGAACCCAGAGAUCGGCAUGAAUGCUGCUAAUGAAAGCAAAGAGUCUAUAGAAGAGGCGCUUUAUGGAUCUGACAUGGUUUUUGUCACUUCUGGAAUGGGUGGAGGAACUGGAACUGGAGCGGCACCUGUUAUUGCAGGCAUUGCAAAGUCAAUGGGCAUAUUGACGGUUGGUAUUGUUACGACUCCUUUCUCUUUUGAAGGACGAAGGAGAGCAGUUCAAGCACAGGAAGGAAUUGCAACUUUAAGAGAUAAAGUUGAUACACUGAUAGUUAUCCCAAAUGACAAGUUACUGACAGCAGUUUCACAGGCUACCCCUGUAACGGAAGCAUUUAAUUUGGCUGAUGACAUUCUUCGGCAAGGUGUUCGUGGUAUCUCUGACAUCAUCACGAUACCAGGGCUGGUAAAUGUAGAUUUUGCUGAUGUCCGUGCUAUAAUGGCAAAUGCUGGUUCUUCAUUGAUGGGAAUAGGAACUGCUACUGGAAAGACGAGGUCUAGAGAUGCUGCCUUAAAUGCUAUCCAAUCACCUCUAUUGGAUAUUGGCAUAGAAAGAGCCACUGGAAUUGUGUGGAACAUAACCGGUGGAAGUGAUUUGACUUUAUAUGAGGUGAAUGCUGCAGCAGAGGUGAUAUAUGACCUUGUGGAUCCAACUGCUAAUUUAAUAUUUGGAGCAGUGAUAGAUCCUUCACUCAGUGGUCAAGUUAGUAUAACUCUAAUUGCCACUGGAUUCAAGCGCCAAGAAGAAAGCGAAGGAAGGCCGGUUCAGGCAAGUCAACAGGGAGACAGCAACUUUGGAAUCAACCGUAGACCUUCCUCCUUCAAUGAAGGCAGUUCGGUCGAAAUCCCAGAAUUCUUAAAGAAGAAAGGUCGCUCACGUUAUCCUAGAGCAUAAUCGCCUUUUCAACUCCGAGCAAUCCUUCGUCGCUAGGAAAUUCCUUCCUACGUACAUAUAAUAUGCUGCUAUAGGUGGUAGUGUCAGUAUACCCUUCGGUUUCAUUACUUUGUAUAUUUGUUGAGUAAUAAAAUAGCUCAUAAAUUUUCAGUUUGAUCUGUAGUUGCAAUAUGAAAUAUCUCUGUAGCUAAAGAGCUUGGUUUAGUUACUUUCUCGUUUUGAUAAAGUUGCUUAAAGUGAAGUUGUUUCAGCAUAGUACUGUAAUGGCUGAAGUGAAGAUGAAGCUUUUAUGCUCAAUUUAGUGUUCAUGGUAUUGCCACAACACCCUGUUGUAAGUUGGUUAAAUUUAUUAGAUUGUUCAUUACUUUCA